ACGUAAUAACGAUACAAUGUACACUCAAACAUCGAUAUAUAUAGAAGACGCUUGGCAGGACAUUUUAAAAAAUGAAAAAGCGGUUAAUUAAGCUCCAAAAAAAAUACCCUCUAUGCUUGGUUUUCUGAACCACUUUGAACGAACGAACGUUAUUUCCGGUCGACACUGGCAACGCCGUGGAGCCUGCGCCCUUUUGUCGGUGGUGGAAACAACAAAAGGACAAUAAAUAACAAGCCAAACUGGAAUGGGCCACAACACAACAAUUGUCGCUCGCCGCCUUUUGCGGCAUCGAUUUUGAAGGGGAACACAUCCACAGCCACAGGCACAGGCACAGCUACAUAUAUCGAAAGGACACCCACGGGGAUUUGCGAGUGCAAGGAUCAAGGAGCAGGGAAGGGAAAGCGACGGCAGAACGAGUAAAGCUCGUUUUUCUGGAGCAGUUUUGAUGUCCUCAGACAGACGCUACUAUUUCGGAGCGGAUUUGGAGGACAAUGAGGGUGCCAUUUGCAAGGACAACGACAACGAUAACAACAACGAACAGGAAGUGGAUAAAGACGAUCCGGAUGACUCGGAGUUCCUGCAGGAUGUGCCCUACUCCUCGAGCAGCAUUGACCGCAGCUCGGUGGGCUCCAUUCCGUGGGCGGACGAUGCCAUCAAGAAGAACCUGCUGGACUGGGAGCGGGUGGAGCGGCUGAUGAGCGGGGAGGAUCCCUUGGCUGAGCUUCAGGAGCCGGAGUUGCGCAACGAGAUCGCCGACUGGCACCGAAAGUUCCCCAGCCUGCUGGGCCGCAGGACUCGACCGCUGCGCCACCACAGCUUCGAUAGUCAGACGCGGGAGGAUAUUGACUCGAUUUCAAAUCUCAGUCUGAACUCCCUGGACGACGACGAUGAUGAGGAGGCGGAGGAUGGAUUUCUCACACCCAAGGCAGAAGAACCAGAGCAGCCUCAUCACCGCUCCUAUUUGCGUCAUAGCCAGAGGAAGCUGGUGGAUCUACUGGACAGGGAUUUGCGGGUCACCUCCGUUUCGGUUAGACUCCUCAAACGGCAGCGCAGCCAGCAGAACCAGCCCCAGCUGCCCAUCUCAGCCACCACCCAAUCCUCGGCUCGUCUGCGCAUGCCGCCCAUCCUAAAUGUGCUGGACACCAACCGGCGCUUUCGGGGAUUGCUCAACAACCGCAGUUUCGUUCAGCUAACCCAGGUGCAGCAGAAGGAGCAGCUGCAGCAUCAAAACCAGGCCAAGUCUGCCGUGUUGCCACAUCAAAGCCAUCGAUCAUCCGCCUGGCACAUGCCAAUGGCCGCCAGUCGUUUCUUUAACAACAAAAACGCGGUAGUGCUGCCCUCGCUUAAUCUGGGCAGACAUAGCAGGGAUUUGCUGGCCACCACCACGGCCACUUCGAGCCAGAGCAACUCCAGCGGCGGCGGCGGACACAACAGCCACGGCCACAGCAAUAGUUCCUCCAACCGCUCCACGCUGCAUCCGUUCGGAGCGACCAGCGUAUCCAGCAAUACACCAUCCACUGGGCGCUCUAUCUCGGCGGCAGUGCAUCAUCCGCGAUCUGAAUUUGCGCCCAGCAGCGCCUUUUACAUACCCUACAGUGCCUCGAAAUUCAAAGCCUUCAAGUAACCUCAAACAAUAAAACUGAUC